AUGACAUUGAGUAUAUAUUCUAUCGGUCGUGGAGUAUGCGUCUUUGUAGGCAUCAGCCGAGAUGACAAAGAUGAUGAUAUUGAGUACAUAGUACGAAAAAUUCUGAAUAUUCGACUUUUCGAGUCCGAUAAAAAACGAUGGGACAAGUCUGUCAAAGACGAAGACUUAGAAGUGCUUUGCGUCAGUCAAUUUACGCUCUAUGGAAUUCUCAAGGUAAUCAAUUUAGCUCCGAAGUUCUUAAACUUUUAG